AUGUCUGAUCCGAAGCACAAGGCCGGGAGAUUGUCCCCUUUGGGACUUUUGAAAGAGGUGUUCAAUUGGUACCCAUCCUCUUAUCCUUCUGAGGAGAGAAAAUUACUGUUCAAGUUGGACUUGUCAAUUCUGAUAUUCGCGUGUCUCUGUUUCUUUGUCAAAUAUCUAGACCAGACAAAUAUCAGCAAUGCGUACGUUAGUGGUCUGAAAGAGGACUUCAGCCUGUAUGGAAAUGAGCUCAACUACUUCAAUGUCUGCUACUAUACAUCCUACGUGGUAUUCCAAAUUCCUGGACUGCUGCUUAUGUCACGCCCAAAGUUGGCUCGCUGGUUGCUGCCUACUCUGGAAGUACUCUGGGGUAUUUGCACAUUUGCUCAAAGUCGUGUCACAAAUGUACACCAGAUAUAUGCCCUUCGCUUCUUGGUUGGAAUGCUAGAAGCACCCGUUUUUGCUGGAACUCAUUUUGUUCUUGGUUCAUGGUACACGGGCCCCGAACUAUUCAAACGAGCUGGAACAUGGUUUAUCUGUAAUCCGCUCGGUACAAUGGUGAGUGGAUAUCUACAGGCAGCGGCUUAUACCAACCUUUCUGGUGUUGGAGGUAUGCCAGGGUGGAGAUGGCUGUUCAUAAUUGACGGCAUAUUUACCAUCCCCGUGGCUUUGAUUGGAUUCAUUAUCUUUCCCGGUAUUCCGGGGUCACCCAGACCAUUCUAUUUAACAGACCGUGAUAUUGUAUUGGUCAAAGAGAGAACCGAGAGAGCCAAAAUUCGUCAACCUGGGAAGAUGAGUCUCGAUGUCUUCAAGAGGACUUUUAAGAGAUGGCACAUCUGGGUGUUUAUCACUUGUUACGCUUGUAUGAUCAUCUGCAGCUAUCCAGUCAGCUAUAUGAGCCUGUGGCUCAAAGCAGAGGGAUACUCCGUGACUCAAAUCAACCAGUUACCAACUGUCACUUAUGGAAUUUAUAUUGUGGGGUCCUGGCUAGGCACAACAUUAGCUGCAAUCUAUCCGGAAUGGAUAAUCUUUACCAUUGCAUCGGCAUCCUGUCUAUUCUCGACAUUAUGCUUGAUCGUUUGGGAAAUUCCUACGGCGCUGAAAUUCGUUGCUUGGUAUACUUUUGGAGUGUCUGGAUGCUUGAGUCCAAUUCUAUACUCCACUAUCAAUUUAAUAGUGAGGGACGAUGCCGAGGAACGCGCUCUCAUCAUGGGAUCCAUGAUGACAUUUGGCUAUUCGUUCAAUAUUUGGGUUCCGUUGCUGGCAUACCCAACCGCCGGCCCCGACGGUGCGCCGAGGUGGCGAAAGGGAUGGCCAAUAUCAUUCGUAUUUUUCUUCCUUCUAUGGGCUGGCUUCGUCGGCUCUAUUUACUUAUGGCGAAGGGAGCAAAGGAAGGAAGCCUUGGUGUCAUCUCAGGAAAGUAGUGACGAGGAAACGGACACUGUGAUAGUUGACGGUGCCCCAGCAUUGAAGAGCUGA